UUAUUGAAGCUUUAAUAAUGAUACGUUAUUUAGGAAUCGGUUGUUUGGUUGCUGCUUCUUUGUAUAUCACACGGUGUUAUUUUGUCGGUAAAAAGUGUGCAUGUACAAAAAUAUAUGUUAACGGUGAAUAUAUAAUAGUCACCGGAGCUUCAUCUGGCAUAGGCAAAGCUACUGCAACCGAAUUAGCUCACAGAGGUGCUCGUGUUAUUUUGGCUUGCCGAGAUGUAGAAAAGGCAAGAAGAGUCAGGAAUAAAAUAAUUCUAGUCACUAGCAAUAUCAAUGUGACUGUUUUGCAUUUGGAUUUGACUUCAUUCAAAAGUAUUCGUAAAUUUGUUGCCGAAGUAAAAGAGUUGAUAGCUGGUCACCAAUUGGCUGCUUUGGUCAAUAAUGCUGGGUUGUUUUAUGCGGAUCCUAAAUUAAGUGAAGAUGGAUAUGAUUUGACUUUCCAAACUAAUUAUUUAGGUCCAUUUUUGUUAACACAACUGUUGUUACCAACUUUGGAAGAAUCACCAGAAGCCCGUGUUAUAAAUAUAUCAUCUGCUGCACACUUAUCGGCACCAACUGUAUCUAUUGGCCAAUUAAUAUCUUUCGAUAAAUCAUCAUACAAUAAAUUAAAUGCUUAUCGUCUGUCAAAACUGUCCCUGGUAGCCUAUUCGUUUAAACUCUCUACAUUGCUGGAAUUUAAAAAUUCGUCAGUGAAAAUAUUUGCUGUUGAUCCAGGGAAUGUUGAAACAGAGAUUUUCCGCAAUUUUCCACCAUUGUGCAAUCCGAUUUUGUAUUGGUUACAGAAACCUUUAAGACUGAUUUUAGUUAAAACUCCUUCCGAAGGUGCUCAAAGUGUAUUACACGCAUUGUUUUGCCCAAAUUUGAAAUCUAUUUAUAUAUCAAAUGUGUCAGAGUCUAUGAAGUACUCUGAUGUAGUAAAAGACACUGAUUUUUGUGAUUCAUUAAUAAAGGCUAGUGAACUCUGGGUAAAGGCAUAAGAAUUAUUUAUUGUAUUCGUUCUAAAUUUAAU